AUGUGGAUUUUACCUCUUGUCGGCUAUGUCGGAACCCUGCUGGGCUUCUGCUUUUUGACGCUCGCUAUUGCAUCGGGUCUUUAUUACCUGUCGGAACUUGUCGAGGAACAUAGCGUCAUCGCGAAGCGCUUCCUGACGCGUCUUAUCUACAGUGUUAUUGUCAUUCAGACGAUACUCUGGCUGGUUGAUGGGUUCCCUUUCUGGGCUACGAUCCUGACGAUCGUUUCCCAUGUCGUCUACUUGGGCAACAUGCGACGCUUCCCUUUUGUGAAGCUGUCUGAUCCCUUGUUCCUGGCGUCGUGUGUUCUCGUCCUGGUCAACCAUUACGUUUGGUUCCGACACUUCUCGGAUACACAGUCGCGCGCAUACCAGCGUACCUCGUACUACGACAAGGCCGACGUGCCAAGCUUCGCGCAAAUCGCGUCGUACUUUGGGCUUUGUGUGUGGCUUGUGCCCUUCGCGCUCUUCGUUAGUCUGUCUGCUGGCGACAACGUCCUUCCUACAAUGGGCACCGAGCCUGUCCAUGGGCUUGAUGGAAGAGGCAAGCCUCAGGGCAUGAUCAAGGCUCUUGUUGCUCAGGUCAGCGGAGCGAUCGGUCAGAUCUUCGGAUCGAACUCAUCUCCUGGUCUUACUCGGCCGUAA